AAACGUCAAAACGCAACAACAAUCUAAAGAGUAAAGAUUGGAGUCAUUACAGUGAAGACGUGACCUAAAAAGUACUGUUAGUGGAAUCGACAAAUUAAUUUAGUGAGAAAUUAAAGAAAUCUUUAUACCACAAAAAUCGAAGUACUCGGUGAAUCGAGUUUAAAGGUACAUAUAUAAAGCAGAUUGUAUUCGCACAAAAGUUGACGGAAGGGCUAACGAAAACAGAACUGGAAACUGGCAGUAAUCGGAAAGAAUCGCUCCGGGAUAACUUUCAGCACAGUGACCACGAAGAGAUACCUGUCCAAGUGUCUACAGCGUGGUCAUGGAUCAGCAAAAUUCGAAACUCAAUGAGAACGAACAAGGAGAACCCGUCGAACACAGCACCUCUUUUCUGUUGAAGGUAGAAGAAAUCGAAAUAAUAGAUACACUGCCUGAAAUAGAAACCGAACAACCGCUAUCAGAUGCCAUUAGUCUCGUGUGUGAGAUUUGUGACGAGGAAUUUCAUUCUAUCUUCCUGUUUAACCAUCAUCAAUUGAAUCAUCCUUACAUAUGUGAUUUGUGUGGAAGAAAAUAUAGUAAACUCAAUCAAAUCAGAGUUCAUAUGAUAUAUCACAAGGAAAAAUCUCACAAAUGUGACGUGUGCGAGAAAGCAUUUUUCAGAGUCAUUCAACUUAAUGAACAUAAGAAAUUUCACUCGAACGAUAAACCGUACGAAUGUGGAAUAUGUGGAAAGAGAUUUCCCAGCAAAAAGAAACUCAAUUUACAUAUGGUUAUGCACACAAGCGACAAACCGCACAAAUGUGAAGUGUGUGGAAAGGGAUUUCGCGCGAAACAGAAUUGCAACCAACAUAUGCUUGUGCAUACAAAAGAAAAACCGCACAAAUGUGAAGUGUGUGGAAAAGGAUUUCGCGGAAAGAUGUACCUUCACCAUCAUAUGCUUGUGCACACAAAUGAAAAACCUCACAAAUGCGAAGUGUGUGGAAAGGAAUUUCGCUUAAAACAUCACCUAGACCGCCAUAUGCUUUUGCACACAAAUGAAAAACCGCACAAGUGUGAAGAGUGUGGAAAGAAAUUUCGCUGGAAACAAUACCUCAACCAACAUAUGCUUAUGCACACAAAUGAUACACCGUACAAAUGUGAAGUGUGUGGAAAGGAAUUUUACGAUAUACAGUACUUCAAAAAACAUAUGCUUUUGCACACAAGCGACAAACCGCACAAAUGUAAAGUAUGUGGAAAAGGAUUUCGCCUAGAAAAUCAGCUCGACCGUCAUAUGCUUGUGCAUACAAAAGAAAAACGGCACAAAUGUGAAGUGUGUGGAAAAGGAUUUCGCGGAAAGCUGUACCUCAAACACCAUAUGCUUGUGCACACAAAUGAAAAACCGCACAAAUGCGAAGUGUGUGGAAAGGAAUUUCGCUUAAAACAUCACCUAGGCCGCCAUAUGCUUGUGCACACAAAUGAAAAACCGCACAAAUGUGAAGUGUGUGGAAUGACAUUUCGCUGGAAACAUUACCUCAACCAACAUAUGCUUAUGCACACAAAUGAUAAACCGCACAAAUGUGAAGUAUGUGGAAAGGAAAUUUACGAUAUACAGUACUUCAAAAAACAUAUGCUUGUGCACACAAAAAACAAACCGUACAAAUGUGAAGUGUGUGGAAAAGAAUUUUGUGAAAAGCACCACCUGAAAUGCCAUAUUCUUGUGCACACAAAUGAAAAACCGCACAAAUGUGAAUUGUGUGGAAAAGAAUUUCGCCUAAAACAUCAACUCGGUCGCCAUAUGCGUGUGCACACAAAUGAAAAACCGUACAAAUGUGAAGUGUGUAAAAAAGAAUUUCAUAGACGAUAUUGCUUCCACCGUCACAUGUCAAUUCACUCGAAAUAAACAAUGUAUAUUUUUCAAAUGUCUUCACAUUUCAUAAAAAAAAUUUAAUUUGUCUUCAACGGCCAGGAUUCUGAAUCGGUUAUUGAUUUUGAGCCACAAUUCUGCCUGAAAUCAGUCAGACAUCCGAACAAAAUUGUCUUCAAAAUGAAAAACACGUCUUCACAACAUUUCAAAUGUCUUCAAAAUGAAGACAAAUCGUCAAAUCUGGAGUCUCUAGUGACAUGUGUGUUCCGGUUUAGAUCAAUCAUAUGCCUGAGAAUACAUUAACUAUAGGUCGUGUACUACAGACAACCAAUAUGACAAAAUAUUAAGCAGCAGCUCUAUAGAAGCAACAUCAUCCCAAAAUGAUGUUUACUACCUCCAAAGAGAUUGUGAGAUACUUGCCAGAAGUAUAUAUUUCCAGCGACAAAAACAUAUUUUUAGUAGGAUAAAAACGCGAUCUUGAAUCGCUUGAAGAAAGUGAGCGCACGUUUCCGUCGAAAAAUAUGCAUGUCCAUCAUUUUCAUGUUUCAAAACUACCAUAGAGAACACACAUCCAUGAUUGAAUAAAUAUGUUAAUAAAAUUUGUGUAAACUUUUGAAUGAAUAUACGUUAAAGCACUAGCGCCGCCAUGCCAACUUAUGCCAACUAUCAAAUCCAUUCCGGAACCGGUUCGAUUCAUGAAUGGAUUCAGUAUGGAAUCUGGCUCAAAGAGAAUAACCGAUUCCGACUCAAUCGGUUGAUGCAUUGCAUACUGAAUCCACCCCACUUGAACUCAUUCCGGAACCGGUUCGGAUUUCUGAAUGGAGUCAUUAUGGAUUCCAAAUCAAAUGCAAAAACCGAUUCCGACUCAGAAUCGGUUGUUGCAUUUAAUUUGGGAUCCAUACUGACUCCAUUCAGGAUUACGAAUCAAAUUCCGAAUGGUUUGACCGGGGCUCAGAAGCCCGAAUCGGUUCCGGAAUGGUUUGACUGGGUACACGCAAAUGAAAAAACUACCUAAAAUUGAGUUCUUUUGACUCAAUCUCGGGAUAUCGUGGAGGAAGGUAAAUUUAGGUAAAUCGUGUUGAAGGUAAUUUCCAUUUAACCACGGCAACAUUUACAACUCAUUGAUGGGGUUUUUAUACUUAUCCUUGAAUUCAAUAUACCAAAAUUUAAGUUGAAUUUACCUAAUUUUGAGUAUACCCCAAACAACUCAAAAGUACCUUCCUCCACGGAAGACCUCGACUGAGUCAAAUCUCGUUUUGUUUAAGUGCGAAAGCAACGCACAACUCAAAAGUAAGUUAAAAGAACUUAUUCUGUAGGUGGUUUUAUUUAUCCGUGUAGUUGCUGCACUACAUUAACGGAUCUGACUGAGAUGGGCUGAAAAUUUCCACUUUUUUUCGAACCACUUUCGGAAGAUUUUUCAAAACACAAUUUUUCCGUUCCUAAUGCAUGUACUGUUGAAAAAGAAUAUUCCGCUGUGAUACACGAACAAAAUAUUCUUUGUAUGUAACCAAUGUGCCAUUCACAGAACGGCGCUUGACAGUUAGAACCGUCAUACGAAACGUGCUAUCCCUCUAAGAACGGUUGGUUUCAAAAUCGUCCAAUGAAGGACGUUCAUUGGACCAAUUUGGACAUCGUCCAAAUAACCGUUCAACGAACGUCCAUCGUUGGACCCGUGUUGAACGAUUUUGAAACAAUUUUUUGGACAUCUCAGUGGGAUGCUCUGAGAAGUCAUCUGGUUGAACGUUAAGCUUAAAGUGGGAACCUUGAGCUUUUGCGUAUAGAGUACUUGACAAUCUGUAACUGUAUUAGUGGGUUAAACGAAUUGUUUUCCUCCAGCUGUCAUACGUGGAGAAAAACAAAUCGAAAUUAGCUUUUCGGUCGGAUUAUUUUCAUCAUGAAACCUGACCAACCGGUAUUGUGCAUGUCCAGAAUAAGCUUUACAGUGUCAUAGAGUAUUUGAAAACCAUUAUAAAUACUUUAGGCGAGCUAUUUCAAAUGUUCAAAUUGGCUGACAGUUUUAUAAAUGACAGCUGGAGAAUAUUUUUCCCGAUAGAAUUUAUCUGGUUUUUCCUUUUCACCGGAGAAGGUGAUAAUAUUUUAAUUUCGUGGAAAUCAAUAAAAGUGUCAAAAUAUACACUUCAUUUCAAAGAAAAACUAGAAAGUUGCACGAUAGAUUCAUUUUUUCGUGUUUCGGAAUAGCGCCAGCAAGGCAGCGAGCGCAAAAAGGAUA